GUUGAGAUUAUGCACGAUAAAAUAUAAUAAAAAUAUUUAUUGUAUGCGUUUAUUUGGACAUGUUUUAAUAUUCAUAAGAAUAUAUGGUUUAUGUUUUGUAGCGUUCAUCCCGUUGUUGUUUCUAGUACACGACUGGCCGGCGUCGUAGAGGCGGCGCAGCGCAUCACGUCUUGUCCACGGGGUCGAAGGCUGUAGACGCGGUGGGUUCUGCGGCGUCUAACUUCAGGCACAAGGAAUAUGGCAGAAAAUGUGAAGUCAUGGUUAUAUGCCUUCUGUGGGAAAAAGAAGGUCACACCCAACUAUGAAGUCAGAAAUUCAGGGCCAAAGCAUCGUCAGAGAUUUCUGUGUGAGGUGCGAGUCGGCAACUACAAUUAUGUUGGUGUUGGGAACUCAACCAACAAGAAAGAUGCACAAGCCAAUGCAGCAAAGGACUUUGUCCAGUUCCUCAUCCGGCAAGGAGAAGUGAAUGAGAGUGAAGUUCCUGAUUUACAUGGCACAGAUAAUGCUGGGGGAGAUGGCAGUGGAGGACUACUUGGGGAGGGUGGAUUCCAGCCUUCUAUGCCUAUGGCACCUGUUCCAGGCCUUCGGGAUGAAGGCAAUGUGUACCGCCCAAUUCAGCAGGGUGGCCGACCAAUGACCUACAUGGAGCGAGUGGAAGAAAGGAAGAAAGUAGAAGAUGCUGAAGAUGUUGACCUUACGGCAAACAUUCAUGGAAACUGGACAAUUGAGAAUGCCAAAUCACGGCUACACAUGUUUCUUCAGAGUAACAAAAUUAAUGCUGACUAUAAGUACAGUGCAGUUGGACCGGAUCAUAACAGGAGCUUCGUAGCUCAAAUGUCAUUUUACGUCAAGCAACUUGGGAGAGAGCUAUAUGGUCGUGAAACUGGGUCUAAUAAGCAGGCAGCAAGCAAAAGCUGUGCCCUGUCACUUGUCAGGCAGUUGUUCCACUUGAAUGUGAUUGAAGCUUUCUCUGGAACUCUUAAGAAGAAAGAGAGUGAGAAGCUUCCGCCUUAUGAGGUUCAGAUGUCUCCGGAAACUUGUCACUCAGAUGGAUGCUGUGCUGAAAUCUACUGA